GGCCGCCGAGCGGGAAUCAGAAAGGGCGAGCGAUUGGCCCGCCUGGGCGGCGGGGCACGCGCCCUCCCUCGGCGGGGGGCACAGCUCUCAUUUCUUGGGAAGAUUUUCAGUCUUCGCCUAUGUCAGGAGGGGAUUCAGGACGACGACAGAAGAGCUCAG